AUGUCCUACUCACAGCAGUUCCAAAGUAGGCUAUUGCAACAACUCAACGAUACGAACUCGAGAAAUCUUGAGCUUCAGUCCUUGCUCGCGCAGAAAGAUGAUCAGCUUGCGACACUCACUGCUCGCGCUGGACCCGGUGCUGGAUCAAACGCUGGCGGCAACCAAAACACUAUAAAUCAGCUUCGUCGUACCAAUGCCGACACACUGGCGCAGCUGCGUCGUGCAGAAGAAACUGCCACAGCUGCCGAGGCACAAGUCAAGAGCAACCUGUCCAGAUUCCAAAAGAUCGAGGCAGACUUGCGACAACAGAUUGGUCAGCUCCAACGAGACCUUCGCCAACGUGAUCAGCAGCUCAAAGAUCGUGGCAGCGCUCACUCCGACCCUCGAAAGGGAGCGCACUGGACAGCAUCUACAGGCGUGGCGCCUCGAGCUGAACUUGAUUCUGCCAAAGCCGAAGUGAAGAGGCUAAGAAAUGCACUCGGUUCCUUACAACGGCAGUUUGAAAGGGAGAAGAGGGAAGCAAGCCAGCAUCGAGAUCUUCCAGCUGCCAAUCCGGAGAAAUUGCGACAGAUUGAAGACCAAGAUGAUGAGGAAACAGUGCUGAACUUGAAGCAAGAGCCUGGUACCGAGCUGCCUGCUCCACCGAUUGGCAACUUCACAUACAAAGACACGAACAAGACAGAAUCCUCGAAGGCCUCCAAUCCUUCUGUAGCGCCGCCGCAAGUCCUGCCAAUACAGACCCGCAAGCGGAUGCGAAGCGGGCAUGCCAGCGAUGAACCAGGUCCAUCUGCAUUGAAGAAAGCUCGAGUCGAGCGAAAAGACUCGGACUCUGGUGAAAGCGAAGAAGAGAUCGACGGUGACGCAGACUUUUGUCUUGACGGCGCAGCACCUCCUGCAAAGCAAGCAAUAACGAAUCGAAUCGACAUCAAAGAUCUUCAAGAACGUUUCGAAUUCCAGGCCGUGACACAGCAUUAUCCGACCGGAGACAUCGAUGCCUUUCAUUCCAAGGAAGACCUCAGCGACGAGUGCGAGGAACUGUGGGCUCGCAUCAAGAAGCAAGUCGAUGAAUGGGAAGAAGCGAAGGGCGAGGACUGGAGUUUCGAGUUUCAGAAGCCAGGCUACAAGUUGGUCAACCCGCCAUGCAUUACGACAAAGUUGAAGGGUAAGGGAGGAAAGUCGCAGUGGCGACCUGGAUGUGAGGGCAAAUUCACUUGUCGGAAGUGUGUCGAGGAGGAGAGACCGUGCUUUACUUGGAAUGGGGAGGAGUUCUGGUUGCUGCCACUGCAUGAGCAGGAUAGGAAGUGGCCUGUUGAGGAAGGGAGCGAGAUUCGAUACUGGUUGAAUGUUGAGUGA